AUGUCCAACGCAUCUCCAUCCGUGACUGCGCCCAUCUCGGGCCCGCAGUCCGCACCCGUCGGCCAACCUCCAGCGCCAUCCGCCUCGCUCGUGGCCAAGUACCGCGGCGCUACGGUCGAGGACCUGCAGGUGCCACCUGCGAUCUCGGUGCCGCGCUCGACGUCGAUCGCCGCGGCACUGCGCGUGGCGCUCGACCACGACUACUCGCAGCUGCCGCUGGUGAGCGACAAGAACCGCAAGCUGCUCGGCUACGUUCAGAAGCACCGCCUCGAGGAGCAGCUCAAGGAGGGCAACAGCGACAAGACGGUCGCCUCCAUCAUGACCAAGUUCUCCAGCGGCCCAGCCGCGUCCGCGUCCUCGUCUGCACCGGCAGCUACGUAUACCGUCAUCACGCCCGACACGGGGCUGGCCGAGCUCGAGGUGUUUUUGCAGUCGCAACCGUUUGCGUUCAUCACGGAUCCCGGUAGGGCGUUUGUGCUGGGUGUGGCUACGCAGGAGGAUCUGUCCAAGUACGUCUCGCGUCGUGGACUGGAUGGGACGCGAUCGGGAGCUGCUACUCCCACCCAGACGACAACAUCCGCAGCAGCACCGCGCGACAAUGACGAGCCCAUGCCGUCCACCGCGGCGGCCGCAACAUCGCAAAGCGCCCCGCACACCAUGUCGCGCAGAGAAGAGGAGGAGUCGAGAAAGGACCGUACGCUCGCCGAGUUCCUGCAGCUGCUCGAUGGAUACGACCCCUUGAUACCCGACCAGGUCACCGACUUCUACCUCGAAAAGGUCGGAUUCGAGUGCCACGACCUGCGUCUCAAGAGGCUGCUCUCGCUGGCGGCCGAGAAGUUUGUGAGCGACAUUGCGGCGGAUGCAUUCCAGUAUGCGCGCAUUCGCACCAAUGCCGGGCCGGGUGGCAGGCCGCGUGGUCAGGUGGGUGCAGCAGGUGCAUCGGGCGCGGCAGGCGCAGCGGGCUCCAAUGCGCAGGGCGCAAGGGACCGUUCCCGAACCGUGCUUACAAUGGACGACCUCUCGGCUGCGCUGGGAGAGUACGGCAUCAAUGCGCGUCGUGCAGAGUAUUUCCGCUAG